AUGGAGACAUCGAAUGAUUUUAGCGCUUUAUUCAUUUCUACGAAUGUCUCUGGGAGAUUUCGGAUUGUUACCAACUUAGAUUUUUAUCAUGAUCUUCCUUACACUGAAAUGGCAUUAAAAUUGGUCAAGCCGUUCUAUGUAAUACUACUACAGUGCGAAUACCGAUUUGGUUACGCCCUUGCGCCAUUUGACAAUAUGCCUGACGAAAAACACAUUGACGAUGCAAUAUCAGUUCUGGGUAUCAAAAGUGAAUUCAAUGAGACUUAUUUGUAUGAAGAGCAGUUAUAUUCGCAAUUUUCAAUGUUGGAAGAGCAUAAAGAUGAAGAUGAAUAUGAAGAUGACGAUUACCUGGACGAUGAGCUUUAA